CAAAAUCGAUCGGCACGAAUUCAUUGAUAUGAACUUGAUGCGUAGACUUGCGUGAUCCAAUUUAUGCCGAUCGAUCAUAACUGUCGAUUCGCUUGGUUGACCGCUUACGGCUUACACGACCGUCUCUUCGGUCAGUUUGUCGUCGACGAAUACGAAUACAAAUACGCACACGCAUACGUCAUGCGUUGUACACAUCGUUAUACACUAUGUAUGUAAUAGUUACAUUUUACAAUCGUCCCACCGUUCCUCCUUCUCUACCCCACUCUAAUCGCUCUCCACGACUGUCACGUGCUUCUUCGAGUUCUCGCUUUUUCUUUAGAAAAUCCAUAACUAUAUGUACGUAUGUACCUAGUUUCCAUACAUAUUACAAUUAUAAUUAGUUGGACAAUUCGAAUCGCCAUCGGAGUUACAUCAAAUAAUUAUAUACCGUGCGAUCUAUCGCGAUCUCUCGAAGAAUAUGUUUAUUUUUUUUUACCAGGUUUUGUAUCGUAACUGUGGUUUUCAUUUGUAGUGCGAAAGGAAAGAAAGCUAUCGGGAAAAGCAAAUGAAAGAAAUUAAGUACCGUACAAGAUAGAUUUACGCGAUACGAGAACAAUAGUUGAACAUUUCUUUGUCCUAUAAAAAAUGUAUUAAGUCAGAUUUGUACGAUUAUCCGAAUUAUGCACGUAAAGCACUAUUUAUUUUGCCGUGAUCUAUGUAUUAAUAUCCAUGUACGUACUGCGUUGUGUACUGUAUACAUCAUAUACUACGCAAAAUGUAUACAUAUUGUAUGCAUUCACAUACAAUAGCAACAGCAGCGGCAGCCACUGAGUUAGUUGCGUCUUGUGUAUUGCGUGCGUGAUCACAGUGAUCGCAAAAGAAACUGGGAAGCAAGGUCGCCGAUGGCUCCACCUAUGCUAGCCAUCUGGGUGAUGUAAUUUCUGGGAAUUACAUCUUAGAUAUGUACAAAACCGUUUACAAUUUACGACUUUACGAUCGUUUACGAUAUCGCCCAACGGCGAACAUUAGGUCCAUGUUUUAGGCUGUUUCAGGAUUUUUGACGAUCCUGCUUUGGGCAGAGUCCGGCGAUUGUGGCGCUUCUUGUGGAGAAAAAGUAAAGCUUGGUAAGGGGGGUCCGUACCAUGCCAAUUGAUGUAACGGCAAAAUACUCAAACUGUUUGCCAAAAAUCGAUUGUUGGUAAUUCGACUAACAGCUUGAGCAUUUUACCACUGUACGAAUGUCUUUAUUUAAAGUGCCGGGGACUGUUCUAUUCCUGUUACACUGUUAUUCCCUUACGCGUACAACAUUUCUUUAUAGAGUUCCUAUUCUUCAACAAAAAAUACUACAUUUCUUUCUAUAUUUUCUAUCGACAAUCCAUUGGAAUCGUCCAAUCCUAUUUGUGAGGUCUCCUCUUCGCCACUUGGACCAGAUUCCGAGCAGAAUACCUGAUACCAUUGGACAUAUUAGACACCAAUGGACACAUUGGCUUUGAGUGGAAAUUCCACGAACGGUCAGGAUUCUGGGAGGUCCGUUACCAACCGAGUUGGACGGUUGGCGCCAGCGUAUAUCGCAUCAGGUCCAUGGUUAUUAUAUGUGUAUUAACGUACUUACGCGUUUUUUUUUCGCGCUGAACGUGACCGAAUGAGAAGACAGUGAAAUCGAUAGUCAUAUUUUAAUUUUACCUUAAAGUGUCUUCAAUUUCUAUUGGUAUGACGUUUUGCAAUACUUUAUUAUCUAAUGGAUUUAUGACAACUUUGCCUCGAGCAGUUAAAGUCAAGCUGCAAAAGUAGAGAGGUCCAAAUAAAAUGGCUUGCGAGACUAGAGAGAACGGAGAAUUUAAACUCGUAUCUCGUCGAAAGAAACGAAUGCCUCGUCUUCGGAAUAAUGGCGAUCCAAACAUACCUUUACCAGACAGCGAUAACGACGACAAUUUUAGCAAUAUUAACUGCGAAGCUCUUUUUGGAAAACUGCUCGAGGCAGAGACCAAAUUAAGAAAUACAUUGUUUGCCAAUAAUGUUUUUCAAUCUUUGGAAACCUGUUUGAAUGCUUUGAACAUCGAUGGUAUUUCGGAGAUACUGUGUUACGGUCUGGGUCCUUUCUCGCGUCUGAAGUCUUCUAAAUAUCAACUGGCGUUGUUGCUCUCUUUAAAAAAUCAGUACAAUUCGCUUGUAUACAUAUACGAUCCAAUUUUUUCAUCAAAAGAAAUAAAGUUUUUAGCACAGUUUGGUUUCAAUGUUUUAAAUAUCAACGAGGAGGGUAAACGAAUUGUCAAUGAUAAAGUGACAUUGGUGUAUAUGCCGCACUGUUCGAUGCAUUUAAUUAAUAAUUUUCUUUAUGCGAAUUGGAACGAGAGGUUAUGUAAAUGUAUUCUUUUGACAAAUAGUUUUUCCACUGUAGUCGAUAAUUUGACAACAACCAAUAGGUCUGCAGACAUUGAUUAUAUCGUACGUAUUCAACCGUACACCACAGAAAUUACAUUGAGGAAUAAUUUUUUGUACGAAGAAGCAUUCAAUGAUCUCAACCUUCACAUAUUUUUGGAGCAAGAUAUUGGUACCGUGCCUAAGAAUUUCUGGAACGAGAGAAAGGAACCCUGCUACCGACACACGACUGUAGAUUAUUUCACUGCUAAACAAACAGAACAAAUUGAUGCCAAAAACUAUAACUGUGAUUCUAGUCCGUCUAGAUGAUGAAACCCAAUGUACGAUUGAUUCGUGCGCUUAUACAGGAAAUACGAAGGUCGUCCCUCGAUCGAAAGAUAGGAAAUGAUAUAAUGGUGCGUUACAUUUUGGAGCAAGCGCGAGCUCAUCGAGAAACUUCAGAAAUUUUAUGUAAAGCUCGAGAAGAGUUGAAGAA